AGACGAAGCGAGAGAAGUGUAGUUACGGGAAGAUGUGGAGGAAGCUUGGGACGCCACAGCCAGCCAGGUCUGUUGCUCUUUGUUGUUGUUAGUUUUGAUCUUGUAUAGGAUUGUUGAAGGCGCUGUUGGUUUGUUAUUUGGCGAGGAGCAAUGGCGUCGACAGCAGUAGGCCGGCCGGUUUCUGCCCUGAAGGAGUCGGGGAGCGGGAAGGACGCGUCGGGAUUGUGCCCUAGCAGCGAAACCCUAUCGCACGCGCUGGAUUACAAGGAAAGCGAUCCCGCGAAGGCGAUCGCAAUGCUUCGGGAGGUUCUCUACCACCCUGCAUCGACGGCAGAGGUCCUGCGCGUGAAGGAGCAGGCGAUAACGGCGUUGUCGGACCUGUUGUCACAGGAGAAGAAGGCGGAGGAGCUCCGAGGGCUGCUGACGGAUUUGCGACCUUAUUUCAAUUUGAUACCGAAGGCCAAGACGGCGAAGAUUGUGAGGGGGAUCAUUGAUGCCGUGGCCAAGAUUCCUGGUACGUCGGAUUUGCAAAUUUCGUUAUGCAGGGAGAUGGUGGAGUGGACGAGGGCUGAGAAGCGAAUGUUUCUGAGGCAAAGGGUGGAGGCAAGGCUCGCAGCUCUUUUGAUGGAGAACAAGGAGUAUUCCGAAGCGCUUAGUCUGUUGACAAAUUUAGUGAGGGAAGUGAGAAGGUUGGAUGAUAAACUGUUGCUUGUGGAUAUUGACUUGUUGGAGUGCAAGCUGUACUUCUCUUUGCGGAAUUUGGCCAAGGCGAAGGCUGCUCUUACUGCAGCAAGGACGGCAGCGAACGCUAUCUAUGUACCUCCUGCGCAGCAGGGCACGAUCGAUCUCCAGAGUGGUAUUUUGCAUGCUGAGGAGAAAGACUAUAAGACUGGGUUCAGCUACUUUUUUGAAGCCUUUGAGGCUUUUAAUGCAUUGGAUGACCCUCGAGCUGUUUUUAGUUUGAAAUACAUGCUGCUAUGCAAGAUCAUGUUAAACCAGGCUGAUGACGUGGGUAGUCUCAUCUCCUCGAAGGCAGGGCUGAAAUAUACGGGUGUGGAACUAGACGCAAUGAAAGCUGUCGCAGAUGCUUAUGGCAAGCGAUCCCUCAAGAAUUUUGAAGAAGCAUUAAACGUGUACAGAGAGCAGUUAGAGGAGGACCCAAUUGUGCAUCGUCAUCUAUCGUCUUUAUACGACACCUUACUUGAGCAGAAUCUCUGCCGCUUGAUUGAACCCUUUUCUCGAGUGGAGAUUUCUCACAUUUCUGAACUUAUUGGCCUCCCAAGUGAAAACGUAGAGAAGAAGCUCUCUCAAAUGAUCCUUGACAAGAAAUUUGCGGGUACUUUGGACCAAGGAGCAGGCUGUUUGAUCAUUUUUGAUGAUGUGAAACCUGAUGGAAUAUAUCCAUCUACGCUGGAAACUUUAUCUAACAUUAGCAAGGUGGUAGAUAGUCUCUACUUGAAAUCGGCCAAAAUAAUGGCGUAAUGUACUUUCUGAUUUUCUGUUUCAGUGGGUUGCGUCCAAAAUCACUGCGUCUGUUGUUCCGAUAUAUGGAAAGUGCGCCCUGUAUCAUGUUCAUCUUUUGUCCUCACGAAGAGUCACCUGUCUAGAAUUUCAGUUAGUGACCAACAAAGAAGUACCUGAUGCGACCUGAAGUAGAUGUUCAGCACUGUGCAGCAUGUUUUGGUAGUGUACGUUUCCGAAACCGUCACCAUGGGUAGUGUAAGGGAAGUUGCAUUUGGGGACCUUUUGAUUGUUCAUUUGGUACUUGUAGUGUUCUCUGUUCUUAUAUUUGCUUGUGAAAUUGUGCUGAAUACCUCGAAGUGACAUGUAA